AUGCAAAAUCAUUCACUCGGAAUACUUGUUUUUCCCACUCGUCGAUCGCAUAUUAUUCUUGACAAUCCAUCGUUGUUACAUUAUGGUUCCUAUAACAGGAGUAAUUUCAAUGACAAUAAGAAAUUGAAUUAUUUGGAAGAGAGAAGUGUUGAUUCCAGGAAUUUAUCCAAUUCUACUAAAGAUAUUUGUCAUCCACAUAAUGCUAAUGAAAUUGUGAAAGAAAUUUUGAUUGAAUCGGACAAUAUAUCAUUGAACAGUGAUAACAAAACACAGCAAAAUUCAGAAAAAAUUACAUCAAUAUCAAACGAUCUUUUGGAUGAUUUAAAAUAUUCUUCAGCCCGUGAAUAUGAUAAUUUACGAAAUGCAUAUAAAAACAAAGACAAAAGACGAGAAUAUGAAAAAAAAUCAAAUAACAAUAAGACAACUAUUUCGAUCAGUGAUCAAUUGAUUCAAGAAUUGAAACAAUUACCGAAUGGUAUGAUGUCACUGAAAGAUUAUAAAUUAAAACAAAAGAAUUUAAUAAAUGAACAGCAAAAAUUGCUGGAAAUUGAUAUUGAAAUGAUGAAAAAGGAAUGUACACCAGAUAAAUACAUUAAUCAAGUACCAGAAUUCAUUAAUGGAACAACAAAGCCGUUGCCAAUAUGGAAAAGGCAAAUGUUAGCACGAAAAAUUGCUAAUGAAGAUAUGCAAAAGAAAGAGGAGGAAUUUCGAAGAAAGUUUCAUGAAUGGAAAGCACAAUUCUAUCCAAUAGGAUAUAAGCCAAAAUGUUAA